CCAACAAAACGAAAACAGAGCAAACGAUGACGAGUCUGAUGGUUUUCCUGCUUACUCUGUUCUUCAUCGUCUCCGCCGCGAGCUCCGGUCGGGUAGUUUCAGAAAAUUUGGCGGAAUGCAUCGCCAACAGGAGCAAUAACAGCUACCCGAGAUCGAUCCAGACAAUAUUCCACCCUGAAUCUCCUCUUUUCGCUUCGCUUCUCGACUCGAGGGUCCAGAACAUGAGAUACAUGAACAACGCCACUUCCCGGCGGCCGCAGCCGCUCCUCAUUCUGACUCCGUCCCACGAGACAGAGAUCCAAUCCGCCUUACUCUGCUGCAGGGACCACGGCGUGGAGCUCCGAAUCCGCAGCGGCGGCCACGACUAUGAAGGCCUCUCCUACUUCAGCAGCAGCGACAGGUACUACAUCGUCGUCGACCUCUUCAACCUCAACGACGUGCAGCUUGAUCUCGAGGCCGAGACGGCGUGGGUGCAGAGCGGCGCUCGGCUUGGUGAGCUCUACUACGCGAUCGCGAAACAGAGCACCAGCGCUCCCAUGGCGUUCCCCGCGGGGAUUUGCCCCACGGUGGGCCUCGGAGGGCAUAUCGGCGGAGGCGGGUUGGGAACCCUGACCAGAAAGCACGGCCUCGCGGCGGAUAACGUUCUAGACGCUUACCUGAUGGACGCUCGCGGGAGGAUCCUGAACAGGAAAUCAAUGGGGGAAGAUGUUUUCUGGGCGAUCAGAGGCGGCGGCGCUGCCAGCUUCGGGAUUGUUCUGUCCUGGAAGCUGAAAUUGGUAAGAGUUCCGCCGAAAUUGACAUUCUUCAAGGUUUCCACGACGCUGGAAGAAGGAGAUCGGAGUAACAAGCUGAUUCAUAAAUGGCAGAGAUUCGCACACGACGCGCCAGAGGACUUGUUCGUCAGGACUGUGAUUCUGAAAGUCGACGGCAGCAAGAAGAACAAGAAGAAGACAAUUCAAACAACUUUCGAGUCUCUGUUUCUGGGUACAGUAGAGAAGCUAAUCCCGCUGAUGAAACAGAGCUUCCCUGAAUUGGGGCUGACGGCGGGAAACUGUACUGAAGGAAGCUGGGCAGAGUCUACUCUGUUUUUCUCCGGAUACAAACAGGGGAGCCCGCUGGAAGUCCUGCUGGACAACACCGAGAUGCAGAGAGCAAAGUUCAAGGCCAAAUCCGACUUCGUUACGGAGCCCAUUCCGGAAUCUGGAUUCGAAGGUAUGUGGGAAAUCGCGAUGGAGGAAGACAAGCCGAUCGUGAUACUCGAACCUUUCGGCGGGAGGAUGAGCAGGAUUCAUGAAUCCUACACUCCAUUCCCGCACAGAAAGGGUUAUCUUUAUAACAUCCAGUACCUAGUGAUGUGGGAAGGCGACGGCGUUGAGGAAGAAAGGAGGCAUCUAGCGUGGAUGAAGAAGCUUUACAACUACAUGGAACCUUAUGUUUCGAAGUCCCCCAGGGCUGCGUAUCUGAAUUACAGGGAUUUGGAUUUGGGGACGAACUCCGUCGAUGGCAAGACCAGCUUCUCGGAGGCGAGUGUGUGGGGAGCCAAGUACUUUAAGGGCAAUUUCAAGAGGUUGUCGGAGACCAAGAGCAAGUUCGAUUCUGGAAAUUUCUUCAGAUAUGAACAGAGCAUUCCUCCCUUGUUUCACAAAUGAAAAAAGAAAUUUCGUUUGGAGUUGAUUCUACAUGGUUCACUCAUUGUUGUGUUUCUGGUUCAGUCGCUAUUACAUUAUUUUUUAAACCUUCUCGACAUGGUUCAAUAAAAUGGCUUUGAACUCCCACAAGCUGCUCAGUGAAUGUGUUUACACCUAAAAUAUUUUUUGUCCUAAAUUCAAUGCCGUAAUAAUGAGUCUCGGCAAUUAAUUCGAUAUUGCAUGGCCAAAACGAUGUCGUUUGGUGUCAAGCAAUGCCGCGGAGAAUUUGAGCGAGACCGUGAAGAGGCUCGGCGGCACCGCGGUACUUGAAACGACAUUGGUUGCAGACCAUGUGUGAGUCAUGCGCAGGACAUGUGUUGUUGUUGGACAAGAAAUGUUUUUUAUUUUAUUUUUCCUUGUCGGAGGAGGAGAGUAACAACACCGUUAGGAGUCAAGCAAUGUUGCGAAGAGGUAAAACGGUGCCUCGAGCCUCAAAGCUUAACGGCACCGCGAGACUGGGAAACAGUGUCGUUUGGCUAAAAACAGCACCGCGACAAGCGGCAUCGCGGAUGAGUUAAAACGGUACGGCAAGGAAGCUCAGCGGUACCGCGGCACUGGAAACGACAUCGUUUACUGAAAAUAAAAGGGGUCGCGCGUUUUAGUGUAGGUGUCGUGGAAGGAGUUUUUUCUGUUUAUAAUUAAUUAUUAUUUUUAUUCCUUGUUGGAAGGGAAAAAUCGGUACCGCAUGGAGAUAAGCGGUAUCGCGGAGAAUUAAAACGGUACCGCGGA